AUGGUGGAAGUACCAGUCCUCCAGCACCUCCUCAUUCUCCUCCAGCAUUUUCUCACACUGCACAACACAAAUAGACACAGGUGUCAGGGGCAACACGUUCAACAGCAACAGAUACGACAGGAGUCUGUGUGGAAGAAGACGGAGAGGAGAGGAGAGUCAGUAGAUGAUACAGAAAAAGAGAAGAGAGGGGGUCAUAGGUCAUGCUACAAUGAGGAGAGAAGAGAAAAGCUGUGAGAUACGAGGGGGAAGAGAAGAAAACAGAAUGCACACAGCCACUAACCAGAAGAGCAGAAGCAACAGAUUCCUGGAAGGAUUUGCUAAAUGACCGAAGGAGGAAGUGAUCCUGGAUCCAUCGUCUGGCCUCAACAAAUCAUCUGACUUAAAGGCCUCUCAUGUCCAACUAUGAUGCUGGAGCGGGUGUGUGACUUCCAGGGUCAGAGCUUUCACAAGCUGAGGCGGGCCUGUCUGCGUCGAGGUGCGCUCUUCAAGGAUCCCCUGUUCCCUGCCUCCACCCAGUCCCUGUUCUACAAGAGGGAGCCUCCGCCGGGCCUGAGCUGGAGGAGGCCCAGCGAGAUAUGUAAGGACCCUCGUUUGUUUGUUGAUGGCAUCAGCACUCGUGACUUACACCAAGGCAGUCUGGGUAACUGCUGGAUGGUGGCCGCCAUUUCCUGUCUGGCAUCUGAGCCAUCUCUGUGGAAGAAGGUGAUACCUGGCCAUAUGGAUCAAGAGUGGAACCCAAAGUGUCCAGACGUGUACGCAGGAAUCUUCCACUUCCGGUUCUGGCGCCUCGGCUGCUGGGUGGAUGUAGUCGUGGACGACCGCCUGCCUGUCAGUGGUGACGGAGUGCUGUUGUUUUGUCGAUCAGCCACACCUAGAGAGUUCUGGAGUGCCCUGCUGGAGAAAGCCUAUGCUAAGCUGAACGGCUGCUAUGAGGCCCUGGAGGGAGGAAACACUGCAGAGGCCCUGAUCGACUUUACUGGAGGAGUUUCAGAGCCCCUCCAUCUGGACAGUGAGGCCCUCAGCCUGCACAGUGACCAGAGGAGAACGUUCUUUCAGACGCUAGCCAAGGCACAUGAACGCAAAGCCCUCAUAACCUGCUCCAUAAGGCCGGCAGAGGGGGAGACAGUGGAGUCGGUGUUGGACUGUGGCCUGGUGCGAGGACACGCUUAUGGGAUCACAGCAGUAAGGAAGGUGAGGCUGGCGGAGAAGUUGCUGAACAGGGGCGGGAUGUCCAAGCUCUUCAUGGUGCGCAUGAGGAAUCCAUGGGGGACCACAGAUUGGACGGGGGCCUGGAGUCAGGGGUCACAGCAGUGGCAACAGAUGAGUCGUGCAGACAGGGAGAAGACGGGCCUCACUGUUAGAGAUGUUGGGGAGUUUUGGAUGGAGUUCGAGGAUUUCUGCCACUACUUCACAGAUGUAGUGGUGUGCCAUCUGGUGGAGAGGGUUCAGCUGUGGCCGAGCUCACACUGGAAAGAAGUGCGCUGCUACGGGGAGUGGGCUCCAGCUCCCACCCCACCCGGUGCAUCUCCAUCCACCCUCCACCACAGUAACAACACACUGGGCAAGAACAGCAUCAGACCUGGAAGGGCAGAGCAGCAAGGGAACAUGAAGGAGGCCCGACUUGGGGAGAGUCGGCAGGAAGGAUGCAAAGAAGGAAAGUGUGGGAAAGGCAAACUUGUGAAAAAAGUGACAAAGGAAGAAGGUGAAAAAAUCAGUGGGAGGUGGGACACACAGGUGGACAAGAGGAGUCGAUGUGGAGGAUGCAUCAACCACAGGGACACGUUCCUGCACAAUCCACAGUUUAUGUUCGAGGUGAGAGGCAAAGAGGAGGAGGUGCUGAUCUGUCUGCAGCAGGAGGACAGAAGGAUACAGAGGAAAGAUGGAGGAGGAGAGAACCUGCCUAUUGGCUUUGAGGUGCUGAAGGUGGAGGUGAACCGCUGCAGCCGGGUGCAGUGUGUGGUGGAGCAGGCCGCCAGCUCCAUCUACAUGGACUCCCGCAGUGUUACACUGAGGGGGACUCUGGUUCCAGGCCGCUAUGUAGUGCUGCCCACCACCUUCCUGCCAGGAGUCACCGGACGCUUUCUGCUACGACUCUUCUCCCAUUCCCAUGUCCGACUGAGGGAACUCAGGGAAGACUUGCCGACUCCAUCAGUAUUUCAGUGUUUUCUACCUCAACCCACUGUUGUAACCACAGUCCACCUCCGCAGGGCAUCAGGACUCAGACCUCCCAAACAGACAGCUCCAGAUGUUUACGCCAUAGUGCGAUGUGAGAAUGACGCCAUAAGGACUCAGGUGUUCAAGGAAGAGGGAAACCCCGAGUUCAACCUCAGAGCCAUCUUCUACAGGAGAUACCCCAACACGCACAUCUCUGUCGAGUUGUGGAGCAGAGGUCUACUGUGGGACUCGAUGCUCGGCCGGGCUCGACUCCAGACGGCAGAGUCUGAGAGGAGUCGGAGCCUCGUCAUCGAUCUACGAGGUGGCCAAUCGGGUUUAGCAUACCAAGGGUGCAUCUAUGUUGAGACAUCCUCCAGCGUCCGCCUCACAGAUUUGUGACACCAACACAUGGUUGCCCCGGUAACUACACAGAGCCAUGGCAACUGCUGUCCUCCCAUGUAGAGGGAGGUGAACUGUUAAAGACUUUAUGGAUGGUUUUGAA